CUAGAUUAUGACAAUUAACCUAACAGAUUAAUUGUUCUUGUCAUCAUCACUUCAUGCAUUUUCUUUACUUUACCUUAACUCUCACAUGCACUUCCCUUUCUUUUCAAUUUCUUUUGUGUUUCUGCCGUUUCAAUUUAUGAUCAUAUUCUUUUCACGCGUUACAGCACAGUAUUUCCCAAACAAUCGUUAUAACUGAAAUUUAUUGACCAUUGUUUGAGCUUAAACCUAUCUUUAUUUUAUCCCAAUUCAACGUUUGGUUUUCUAGAUCGUUAUUUUUCAAGCUUUCCGUUUCGUUACAUAAUUCGUUUUCUCCGUUUCAAUUUUUAGUUCUUCAAUGCCAAGAGCAAAAUCUGUUAUUUCUUAAUUAAUUAAUACGUUAAUAUUCACUGGCAAGUUUUGUCGAUUUUUUUCAUGCUCAAAUUUGUCUUGUUUCCUUGUACAUAUUUUUUUCGUAAUUUAAUUAUAGGUUUCUUAAUUGACCUGUUUGAUUAAGAAACCUGUGAUUGCUUUGUUUGUUGAACAAUUAAUCUCACCCCAGAAGAGAACUGCAAAUUUCUGUAAUUUAAUGUUUGAUGUGGAUUCAGCAGACACUGUUCAAAGGCAGAGAUUGUUGAUUGUAUAUGAAGAGGAUGUUAUUUAGGUUUAUUUAGCAGCUGCUUUGGUGGUGAUUCAUGUUUCAAAUGUUUCAUGGAAUCUAGAAUGUGACAAUUGGAUAGGUUUGUGAGUAUCCAUGAUAGUUCUCAGUGAUGGGGUUCUUAAACAUGGAGAAAAAAUGGAUCUUUCCUAUCAUCAUGACAUCUGCUUUUUGCAUUCUCUUUCUAGCCACAUCCUUCAACAUGGGCCUUGUAUCUUCAAUUCACUCAAUCAAUUCGCUAUUCUUCUUUCUCCCGUCUCAUUCGCAACCAAACCAAACUUCCCAGGCAUUUGUAGAGCGGAAGAUUUCUCCUGCUCCUGCUCCUUCUAAGCCUGCAAUUCCGCGUUUCGCAUAUUUGAUCGCCGGCUCCAAAGGCGAUUUGGAUAAGCUUUGGAGAACUCUUCUCGCACUUUACCAUCCGCUAAACCAUUAUGUUGUUCAUUUGGACCUUGAAUCGCCGCUAGAGGAAAGGUUGGAGCUUGCUGCAAGAGUUGAGAAACAGCAUGUCUUCUCAGAGGUUGGAAAUGUUUUUGUAAUUACGAAGGCUAAUAUGGUAACUUAUAGAGGACCGACGAUGGUUGCUAAUACCCUUCAUGCUUGUGCCAUUCUGCUCAAGAGAAGUAAAGACUGGGACUGGUUUAUUAAUCUUAGUGCUUCAGACUAUCCUCUUGUCACUCAGGAUGAUCUGCUAUAUACUUUUACGAAUUUAGAUAGAGGCCUUAACUUCAUUGAGCACACAAGUCGGUUAGGAUGGAAGCUGGAUAAACGAGCAAUGCCUUUAAUUAUAGACCCGGGGCUUUACAUGUCAACCAAGUCUGAUGUAUUUUGGGUCAAUCCUAAGAGAACUCUGCCAACCGCAUUUAAACUAUUCACUGGAUCAGCAUGGAUGGUUUUAUCGCGUGAAUUUGUUGAAUUUGUUGUCUGGGGGUGGGAUAAUCUACCAAGGACCCUUCUCAUGUACUACUCUAAUUUCCUCUCUUCUCCUGAAGGCUACUUUCAGACUGUUGCAUGCAAUGUGCCAGAAUUAGCAAAAACGGUUGUCAACAACGACAUGCAUUAUAUUUCCUGGGACACUCCUCCUAGACAGCACCCUCACGUGCUUAACAUCAACGACACCGAAAAAAUGAUUGCAAGUGGUGCUGCCUUUGCUAGAAAAUUUAAGCAAGAUGACCCAGCCUUGGAUUUGAUUGAUAAAAAACUCCUACGCCGGAGAAAUGGACUGUUCACACUUGGCGGCUGGUGUUCCGGUAAACCCAAGUGUACCGAGGUUGGGAACAUUUAUAAACUCAAACCUGGUCCGGGAGCACAGAGGCUUCAGCGCCAUGUAGCUGAGCUAACAUUGAAGGCUCAAUCUGGUCAAGAUCAGUGUAAGUAGAACCUUGGAGAUGGAACAGUCACAUAGAUAAUUAACAGUCACAUAGAUCCCAGUUGAAUGGAAAUAACAUUUAAGGUCGGAGUGCGAUUUCACCUCAUUCACACUUUAGCUAUAUUACCUCUAUAUCAAGAACCAAAGAUGACAUGAGAUAUGAGAGUCAUCUUUCUUUUUGUAGAUCUUUUUCACAUAAGAGGUUACACACCAUCAAGAUUACGGAAAUUUAUAGGUUAUUUAUCAUUGUUCUUACUUUAUGUUUGAUGGAUCAUUAUCUUUUCGCUUCCUGUGGACAACAGAAAUGUGGAUCAAUAGCUAUAGGCUCAAUCAGCCAGAAAUUGUUUAUUUAUCAUGAUCAACAAUUCAUUAGGGUUUAUUUGUUUUAAA